AUGAGUGCGCAGUUCCUCGCGGAGUACGGCGCGUUCGUCGAGUCCGUGCUCGAUGGGGGCGUGAAGCUCGGCGCAUGGGACCUGCAGCUGAUCGGUAUCAAGCGGUCCUGCCACAAGAAGGGCGCGGGCAAGGCGCUGCUCGAGGCCGUCGAGGCCGGGCUCGAGACCAUGGCCGGCGGGGCGGCCGUGAAGAUGUACGAGGCGGUCGGAUAUACAAUGCAGGGCACCGGGUCCAUCACAUGGGUGAACGGUGCUCAGUUGGCCAAGGAGACCGCUUUCUGGUACACCUUUCGAGUCCUCUGCCGUCCUAUCCAGGACUAG